AUGCGACAGAGACAUGAAAAAUUAAAUCAUGGAGGAACUCAGCUCUUGCUAUCUAACCUCAGAAACAAUUUAUGGAUUUUAAACCUAAGACGUCUUGUUAAAGGUGUUGUGUCUAAAUGUAUUAUAUGUAAGAGAUACAAGACAAAACAUUACGAGGUUCCUGAAGCACCAUUGCCAUCAAACAGAGUUGAGGCAAAUGCAACAUUCCAGAUAACUGGUAUAGAUUUAGCGGGGCCUCUAUAUCUCCGCGACCAAAGGAAAUGUUGGAUAGCAUUAUUUACUUGUGCUACAUAUAAAGCAGUUCACCUAGAGCUUGUGAAAUCUUUAUCCACAAAUAGUUUCUUGAUGGCCUUACGUCGUUUCAUAGCUCCAAGGGGCCGCAUAAACAUUAUAUAUACUGAUUGUGGUACGAAUUUUCAAGGUUCAGCCAAUUUAUUAAAAGAGGUUGAUUGGACAAAAGUCGAAACAGCAACUAGCAUAGUUCCACCAGCUAUCAAGUGGCGUUUUGUACCUCCACGUGCGCCCUGGUGGGGAGGAUUGUGGGAGCGCCUUUUAAAGGUAGUAAAGGAAAUGUUAAGAAGAAUCUUGGGAAAACAAUCUUUAACUCGGAUUGAAUUAUCAACAAUACUUUGUGACUGCGAAUCAAUCAUUAAUAGCCGACCAUUGACAUACGUAGCAACAGCUUUUGACUCUCUUAAACCACUUACUCCAAUGAUGUUUCUACAUCCCUUAGAUAACAGUUAG